ACGGGCUCCCACACCGCCGCCGCCGCCACUCCUCCUGCGUGCUCUGCUGCACUUCCACCGCCGCUGCUUCGGCCAGCUGCUAAGUAGGAGGAUAGGCCGGCCGGCGGGCAAGCUAAGGAAGGAAGAAGACGAGCACAAAUAAAGCAGCAGCAGCGAGCAAGAUGAGCAAGGAGGUGGCGGUGAACGUGUUCCUGAGCUGCUUCAUGCACGUGGGCCUCGCGCUGGUGCUCCUCGUCUACCUCCCCAUCGCCUUCGUCUGCCGCCUCCUCGCCCGCGUCUUCGUCCGGCCCUUCGCCAGGGGCGAGGACCUCCGCGGCAAGGUCGUGCUCGUCACCGGCGCCUCCUCCGGCAUCGGCGAGCACCUGGUGUACGAGUACGCGAGGAAGGGCGCGUGCGUGGCGCUGGUGGCGAGGACGGAGAUCGCCCUGCGCGCCGUGGCCAAGACGGCGCGCGACCUCGGCGCCCCCGACGUGCUCGUCGUGCCGGCCGACAUCACCAAGGUGGACGAGGCCAAGCGCGCCGUCGAGGAGACCGUCGCGCACUUCGGCAAACUGAACCAUCUGGUUGCCAAUGCGGGGAUCUGGUCCAGCUGCUUCUUUGAAGAAAUCACCAACAUAACCGCCUUCCAUAAUAUCAUUGAUCUCAACUUCUGGGGCGCCGUCUACCCGACCUACUUCGCUCUACCGUACCUGAAGGCCAGCCGGGGCAACAUCGUCGUCACAUCCUCCGUCGCCGGCAGGGUCCCCACCGCCAGGAUGAGCUUCUACAACGCGAGCAAAGGUGCUGUGAUACGGUUCUACGAGACCCUGAGGGCUGAGCUCGGGUCCCACGUCCGCGUCACCAUCCUGAUGCCGGGGUACGUCGUCUCCAACCUCACCAAGGGCAAGGGACUCCAGAAGGACGGCCAUGUCGGCAUCGACGAGGAGGCCCGCGACAUCAAUGUCGGGCCGCUGCCGGUGGGGAAGACGGAGUCGCUGGCGGCGGUGGUGGUGGCGAGCGUGCAGCGCGGGGACUACUACGUGACGUGGCCCGGGUGGUACUGGCCGUUCCACAUGGUGAUGUGCGCGGCGCCGGAGCUCCUCGACUGGUUCUCCCGGACGUUCUACGUGUCCAGCUCCGGGGAGCCGCAGGACGGCGGCGCCGCCCUGAGCAAGAAGAUCCUCGAGGCCGUCGGCGGGAAGAAGUUCCUCUACCCCAAGACCAUCCGCUCCCAGGCCGCCAUGGCAGCUAACUGACUGCUAGCUGGACUCGUUUUCCUUCGUCAAGACAAGAUGUUAGCCACAUAAAUUGAAUAUAUUAUACAUAAAAAUGCAUGUUCUGCUGUUGGAUUGGUACGGGAUGAUCUCAAAAGGAUGCAGGGUGAAAUCAAACGGGUGCAUGGGGUCGACACUGUAUUUUUUAUUCGUUUUAUUUUCAUUUUCUCUCAUUUUUCUUCCUCUUUGAUUUUAUAUAAGUGAUCAGUGUGAUGUGAAUUAAUACGAAUGUUUAUUGGUGGCAUGAGCGCCCCGUGAUGAAGUGGGGUGUGGAUGCAGGUUGCAAAGUUGAUGUAUCUAAACGACUGCAUUGUUGAAUUUGAAUUGAAGAUGCAGCUAAUGUGUCAUCAAUAGGUA